AUGAAAGAAAAUGAACAUAUAAACAAUUAUGUUUAUAUAGUUUCUAGAGACUAUAGUUUGCAGGCAAUUGAACGAUUGUCCAAAUUUCGAAAAGAAACCGAUUCAAUUUUAAUUAAAAUUGUAUUGCUAAAGAAGGGUUAUCCAACAAAUUAUUUUAAUUUUGGAGAAAAUUUAGAAGAAACAAAUAAAAAAUUUAAAGAAUUGGUUAAGAUUGGAGAUGGAAAAUAUUAUUUAAUUAAAAAAGAAUUUGAUAAUUUAAAAGAAGGAAUAAUUAAAAGUAUAGAAGGAAAAAAAGGGAAAAGAAAAAAAUUUAUAAAAUGCCAAAAAAUAAUUAAAGAAAGGAGUGAAUGGUUUGAUAAACAAGGAGAAUUGGAAUAUAUGAAGCAUUACUUGCUUGAUAAAAGAAACCCUGUAAAGUUUUUAAAUAAGUUGGAAAGAGUAAAAAAGUUGUUAAAAAGAAAAAGAAAGGAAGAAGAAAAGUUGUUAAAAAUAAAAGAAGAAGAAAAGUUGGCAGAAAAUAAACUUGAAGAAAUGAGAAAAGAAACAAUUAAUGAAAUGCCCCCAAUAGUUAAAACAAUAAUAAAUAAGGUGGAAAUAAUCGAACAAGUUUUAAUAGAGGGGAAAUUGUUGGAAAGAGAAUUGGAAGCAUUAAAAGAGUUUUCGAAAGUGCAUACAAAAGUUGAUUUUAUAAACAAGUUGGAAGCAAUUCAAACAAGUUUGGAAAACAAAAAAGAAAACAAACAUGUUGGGGAAAACAUAGAAACAAGUAAAACAAAUGUUGGGGAAGACAUAGAAACAAUCCAAACAAGUUUGGAACACAAAGAAGAAAACAAACAUGUUUGGGAAAACUUGGAAACAAUUCCAACAAAUGUUUGGGAAGAUCCAGAAAACAAACGUGUUGAGGAAAACUUAGAAACGAUUAAAACAAAUGUUUUGAAAGAAUUAGAGAAAAUUAAAACAAGUUUGGCAAAAAAGCAAGAAGGAAACUUUAAAAAAAAUGAACAAAGUACAAUAAUAAAAAAGUUGAAAACAAUACAGAAAGAUGCAAGAAUUGAAAAGUUUAAAACUUCUUUAAAAAUGUUGGAAUCAACUAAAACAACAUUUUAUGCCGAUGAAAUGAAACAAGAGUUACUAAACAGAAUUCCAAAGUUUAUUGAAUGUUUUAAAAACAAGACAAAGAAAAGUUUUGAACAAGUUUUAAACGAGUUGAAAAUAGCAAAAACAAGUUUAUUAAACUUGAAAGGUCAAACAGAGGUGUUAAACAAGCUGGAAAAUAUAAAACAAGUUUUAGAAGAGAAAGUAGAGAAAAACAAAGUUUUAAAAAUGUUUAGAGAGGUAACAAACAAGUUUAAGAAAAAUAAGGAUUAUGAUAAGUUUGUUGUGAAUUCAAUCAACAAAACAAAGGAAAUGUUGGAGGAGGGAAAGCCUUAUGAACAUGUUCUAAACAAGUUGGAAAUAACUAUAAAUUAUUUAACAAAAUUUAUAACACGAAUAAAUUUGUUUAACGAGUUGGGAUUAACCAAACAAAGUUUUAUGGAGAAAGAGAGUGAAGAAAAAUUAUUUGAACAUUUGGAGAGGAUGCAUGAGAUUUUAUCAAAAAAAAUAAGUUUAGAAACAUUGGAAGAAAUGAAAAAAAAUUUGGGAGUUGAGGGGGAUAUUGUAACUAAAGAAAACUUGAUUGAUGAAGAAUUAUUGAUGACUAUGCAUCAAAAAGUUGGACAUAUACAAAGUAAUAUUAUGAAGGAACCAGGAGAUAAUAAUGAAAUCAAGAAAUGUAAAAAAUGGGAAAUGCCAGAAAGUAAAGAAAAAAAUCAUGAAUUUACAAAGAAAGUGGAAGCGUAUAGAUUCAACUUGGUCGAUCGUUUUGUCUGGUUAGAAAAAUUAACAUUGACGAAAAUAGUUAAAGAUAAGGAAAGAAUUCGAAUUCUAGAAAGUCUAAAUGCAAGUAUUAAAGAAGCUGCAGAUCAAGAGGGUGAAAAGACAAAUGAAAAAAAGAAAAUGAUGAAGAAAUUAAAAAGUAUAAAUGGUGAAAUGGCAGCGAAUUUAGAAAGCCUUGAGGAACAUUUAAAUAAAUCUGAGAUUGUGAUGAAAAAUUUUAUUGAUGGUGCUAUGGUAAGGAUAAUUAUUAUUAUAGUAAUUUUUGUGCAGACAAUUUUGUAA